ACUCACAGUCACAGUCACAGCCACAACGAGGUUUUCCAUGCUUUUUCAACUUUUGUAACAGCUUGCCUGCGUGGCAUGCUGUUUGUUUAAAUCCGUAUACUCUCCCUCUCCGUCUUUAUCUCAGAAUCUUUCUCUUUUUGAAGCAAUACUUAUCUACAACAAUAAUUACUCUCCCGCUGGCUGCUACUAUAAAUAUCUAAUACUCUCUUUUCAGUUUUCACGCACAGCAUAGACUGUUGGGUAUUCUAUUCUUUUUUGGGUUUCAAAGAGUAAAAGAGUAAAAGAAAAUCGAUGGAGCUUGAUCUCUCUCCAAAGUUGGCUAAGAAGGUGUACGGUGGCAAUGGAGGGUCGUACCAUGCUUGGUCUCCAUCUGAGCUUCCCAUGCUUCGUGAAGGGAAUAUUGGUGCUGCCAAGUUGGCCCUUGACAAGAAUGGUUUUGCUCUUCCUCGUUACUCUGAUUCUGCCAAGGUUGCUUAUGUACUCCAAGGAAAUGGUGUAUCUGGAAUUGUGCUUCCUGAAUCAGAAGAGAAGGUCCUCGCAAUUAAGAAGGGUGAUGCCAUUGCCCUUCCUUUUGGCGUGGUUACAUGGUGGUACAACAAAGAGGACACUGAGUUAAUUGUUCUUUUCUUGGGAGAUACUUCAAAAGCUCACAAAGCUGGUGAGUUUACUGAGUUUUUCCUGACAGGUUCCAAUCGGAUCUUCAGUGGGUUCUCUACUGAGUUUGUGAGCCGAGCAUGGGACUUGGAUGAGAAUGUUGUGAAAACCCUUGUUGGAAAGCAAUCAGGCAAUGGAAUUGUCAAGAUUGAUGGGAACUUUAAAAUGCCUGAGCCAAAGAAGGAACAUCGAUUGGGUAUGGCAUUGAAUUGUGAGGAGGCUCCAUUAGACGUGGACAUUAAGAAAGGUGGAAGGGUUGUGGUCUUGAACACUAAUAACCUUCCUUUGGUUGGUGAAGUUGGGCUUGGGGCUGACCUUGUUAGAUUGGAUGGAAGUGCCAUGUGCUCUCCUGGAUUUUCUUGUGACUCGGCAUUGCAGGUGACUUAUAUUGUUAGGGGUAGUGGCCGUGUUCAGGUUGUCGGUGUUGAUGGCCGUAGGGUCUUGGAAACAACUCUUAAGGCAGGAAAUUUGUUCAUCGUGCCAAGGUUUUUUGUUGUUUCAAAGAUUGCCUCUCCUGAGGGUAUGGAGUGGUUCUCUAUCAUCACCACCCCCAAUCCAAUAUUCACUCAUUUAGCUGGAAGGACUUCUGUUUGGAAGGCUCUAUCUCCUUCGGUUCUCCAGGCUUCAUUCGAUGUGGAUGCUGAUACUGAGAAGCUUUUCUCCUCAAAGAGGACUUCUGAUGCCAUUUUCUUCCCUCCACCAAAUUGAUCAAAAAACUAGCUUAGUCUUGCUAGUUUCUUAGUCACCUCAAUAAAAAAGCUUAGAGUGCUCUAGCCCUGUAUGGCCUUCUAUAUAUUUUAUGUUUGGGUUUGUGAUUGUAGACCUGUUGACAUGGUCUUAUGAUAGAUGUUCAUUUGGUGUUUUGGUGUUAGUAGGAGUUGGUCCUCAUGUGUACGAUAAUGGUGGCUUUUUUUUUUUUUUUGGUCCUGAAUAAGAAAUUUUAUUAAUAAACCAAAAGGGAAUCAACCAACAUCUGAGAAGCAGUCCAAAAGGAGAAGGUUUGCAAAAGAAACAACAGGUUCAGGUCAUCAGAAAUUACCAGUGAAGCUUGGUCAAGGAGGAGAGAAGAGGAAGAGAAUCAAUAACAAACAGGACAUCUCCUUCAAGAAUAACUCGGGCAGUUCUAUUUGGUUAAAUAAUUUUUAAAAUAUGUAUUAUUAAGUAAAAUACCCAACACUGGAUUAGAUCAUUAGUUUGAACUUUGAAGUACGAAAGGAAUACAUUUCAAUUAUGGAUAUUCUUCACAUUUGCUACAUGAAGUGGUCCACUGAUGUUAAAGAUA